ACUUGAAGAGUCUGUGUGUCGUGCGUGUCUCACGUCUCUCUCUCCUCUCUCCCACUUCAAGCUGCUUCAAAACCCUAGAAGCUUCUACUGCAACCACGGAUUCUUCUCAAAUCAAGUCCAAUAAACCACUGUUAGUGAUCGGAGACAUGGCCGAAUCUGGCAGUACUAACCCUAAAUCCCCAUCCGUUGUUCCCGAUUCGACUCUCGGUGGACUGAAGAGAGAUUUAAGAAACUAUCACGACGGUGAUGAUUCUAAUAACUUGUCUAUCAAGAAAUCGAAGACCACGAAGAUGGAGAAUAACUGUCGAGAAAUCGUUCCUUUGGAUGUAACACCAUUGUCGAUCGUGCCACCGGACACUCCAAAGCUCUCUAGACAGUUUUGGAAAGCUGGCGAUGAUGAUGAAGCUGCGCCUGUACCUCUUUAUUGUAGCAAUGAUGCGGCGGUUAGGGUUCAUCCUCAAUUUCUUCAUGCAAACGCCACAAGCCACAAAUGGGCUCUUGGAGCUUUAGCUGAACUUCUAGACAAUUCUCUUGACGAGGUAAGUAAUGGGGCUACAUAUGUUCAUGUUGAUUCGACAAUAAAUAAAAGAGACGGAAAAAGCAGCAUUCUUAUAGUUGAAGACAAUGGAGGUGGGAUGAAUCCGAGUACGUUUAGAGAGUGCCUUUCUUUGGGGUAUUCAAGGAAACGCAAUAUGGCUAAUAGAGUUGGUCAAUAUGGGAAUGGAUUCAAAACUAGUACAAUGAGGCUUGGUGCUGAUGCAAUUGUCUUCUCACGUUCUCGAGGAAUCAAUGGAAAUAAUCCGACACAGAGCAUUGGUAUGCUAUCAUAUACGUUUCUUUACGAGACAAGAAAAUGUGAAGCAAUUGUCCCCACGGUUGAUUAUGAGUUGGUAGAUAACAAAUGGAAGGAGAUAGUUUAUAACUCCACAAAUGAGUGGCUUGAUAAUUUAGAGACUAUAUUGAGGUGGUCGCCUUAUCUAUCCCAACAAGAUUUAUUGGACCAGUUUAAUCACCUAGAAGAGCAAGGUACUCGGAUCGUGAUUUAUAACUUAUGGGAAGAUGAUGAAGGGAAGAUGGAACUUGAUUUUGAUACAGAUCCUCAUGAUAUUCAACUCAGAGGUGUGAACAGAGAUGAGAAGAACAUCGAUAUGGCUAAAACUUAUCCUAACUCAAGGCAUUUCCUGACUUAUCGACACUCGCUACGUAGUUAUGCAUCAAUUCUGUACCUCAAACGUCCGGAUAAUUUCAGAAUCAUUCUUCGUGGCGAAGAUGUCGAACAUCACAGCGUCUUAGACGACAUGAUGAAGAUUGAAGAGAAAACAUACAAACCUAUGCGUUCUCCAGAAUGGCCAGAUCAAGAAGAGGUAUUACCUUACCUUACCUUAGUCUCACUUUUCAUAAUCUUAAAACACUCUCAAAAAUUUCUCUUAUGUUUUCAAAAAAUACUCCAGAUGGUUGCUUCUCUAAAGCUUGGCUUUGUGAAAGAUGCUCAUCAUCACAUCGACAUACAAGGUUUCAAUGUUUACCAUAAGAACCGGCUUAUCAAGCCAUUUUGGAGGGUUUGGAAUGCUGCUGGAAGUGAUGGACGUGGCGUUAUUGGAAUAUUGGAAGCUAAUUUCAUACAACCAGCUCAUAAUAAGCAAGGAUUUGAGCGAACCGUCGUUCUUGCUAAACUCGAAAGCCGAUUGGUCACACACCAAAAGAACUAUUGGUCUUCAAGGUGUCACGAAAUUGGUUAUGCUCCAAGAAGGAAACAAAAGAAUUAUGAAAGUAGCGUUACAGAAACCCCUCGACCUUUCAACAACAUAAACGUUGUUAAGGGAUCUUCUUCUAGUACUCCAGUACCAGUUCGAGUAUUCAGGCCAAAUGUUGAACCAUCUGGAAGAAACCAAAUCCCUCAGGUUGAAACACGAGAAAGGAGUUUUGACAUCAAUCCUGAGAUCGGGGCUAAGAACAGAAGCUAUUAUGGGCUUGGGAUAAGUAGUUUCAAAGAAACAGGCUCAGUUAAUCUAGAAGCAGAGUUGCAGAAGGUGAAACAGGAAUCAGCCAAACUAGUCUCUGAGCUGCAGAGACAAAAACAACUGCUUGAGUUGCAACUCCAGGAGUCAAAAGCUAAGAUCCAAAACUUGGAAAAGGCGCAGAGGGAGAAAGAAGUGCUUGAGUUGCAAGAAGCUUCUGAUGUCAUCGAUGGGCUAAGGAAGCAAGUGGAUACCUUCAAAGGAAAACGCAUUUUGUAAACACAGUUUCAAGAUCAGUACUCUUUUCUAGUUUGUUUUUUUGGUUUUAAGUUUUAAGGGUUUGUACAUAAACUUCUCUCCUUAAGCAGAAUGUAAUGUAUAUUAUGUAGACUUAGGGACUUUUGUGAAAGACCCCAACUCAAAAUGUAAGCAGGCAGUGGUUUUUUGCUAAUCAAGGUCAAGCAUGCAUAUCUUAUAUCAAAUCCAUCAAAACUGUCCUCCUUAAACCAAUUCUUAAUCUUCUGUAAGUGAAGAAUAAUUACACAUUAAUAAGUAAUCAUAUCACAAACACAUACAAUCAACCCUAAACAGAGGUGAU